AGAAGGAAAAGUUUCGAUUGUCUCUAAUUACAUGAAAUAAAAUGAAAGGAUCUAUCACAUUUGAUAAAAUUUACACUUUUUUUGUGAUGAUUUUUUGACAAAUAAAUAGAAAUUAAAGUAUUUAUAGAUAUGUCAAUAUAACUAGUGUAUUCAUCCUUUAUGGCAACCUCAACUCAACAAAAUCAGUGCAUUAAAAUCGGAAAUAAAAAAUUAUGUGAGUGGUACUGGUUUAGUGAUAACCAACUAAUACAAUAAUGAUUGUACGAUGUAAAUUAGUAACCGCCCCAUGAAGUAUUUUAUUAAUUACUUAAAAAAAUGGCCGUACAAAUGGAUACGGGUGGAAAAGAUGAUGUGAAAACACAAUUUUCAACAAGGGAGGGUAUUUACAGAUUGAUGACUUUGUCGGAAUAUUCCCGUCCAAGUCGUGGCGGAUAUCCCAACAAUCAAGGCUCCAGUGGUGCACAAGUCCGUGUUUCGUUUGUUACAAUGCCAGAUCCGUCCGGUAACGGCGAUAAAAUAUGUUUUAAUUAUGGUAAAGAGUUGUAUGUUUAUGUUUAUAAAGGCAUUAAAAAAGCAGUAGACCAAAAUAAGCCUAUUGACAAGAAGAUGUACAAGGGAACAAACCCUACAUGUCAUGAUUUCAAUUCUGUUACAAUGACUACCGAUAGUGUAUCAUUGUUAAUUGGAUUUUCAACUGGUCAAAUACAACUAAUUGAUCCUAUGAAAAAAGAAUUAAGUAAACUGUUUAAUGAAGAUCGUUUAAUUGAUAAAACAAAAGUAACAUGUAUACAUUGGGUACCUGGUUCAACAAAUCUAUUCCUUGUAUCACAUGCCUCAGGUCAACUGUAUGUUUACAAUGAAGAAUUAAUGUGUGGUACAACACCACCAAAUUAUCAACCAUUUAAACAGGGUGAUGGGUACGCGAUUCAUACAUGUAAAACAAAAUCAACGCGAAAUCCUUUAUACCGAUGGGUGAUUGGUAAUGAAGGUUGUUGUAUAAAUGAGUUUGCAUUUUCGCCAUGUGGUACGAAUUUAGCUGUUGUGUCUCAAGAUGGUUUCCUGCGUGUAUUUCAUUACGAUACAAUGGAAUUGAUUGGUAUGGCGCGAUCAUAUUUUGGCGGUUUUCUCUGUGUAUGUUGGUCACCAGAUGGACGAUACAUUGUUGUCGGCGGUGAAGAUGAUUUAGUUACAGUUUGGUCAUUCCAUGAACGACGUGUAGUUGCUCGAGGUCAAGGACAUCGAUCAUGGGUAUCAGUUGUUGCAUUUGAUCCAUUUACAACAUCAUUCAGUGAACCGGAUUGUCAUGAUUUCUCUGGUAGUGAUGAUGAAAGCCAACAAACGAUUAUCAGUCGUAACACAUACGAACGUAAUUUUAACAAACCGUUAUCGAAUCGCAAUAGUACAGGAUCCGAUUGUAAUAAUCGUGUAUCAACAUCAGCAGUUGGAACAUGUUAUAGACUAGGUUCUGUUAGUCAGGAUACACAAAUCUGUUUAUGGGAUAUUACUGAAGAUGUUCUUCGACAGCCGUUAUGUUUAAAUAAAAAUCGUACAAGUGUUUUAGGUUCAGGUAAUUUUACUGGUUCUGGAACAUUUGUUAGUGGCAAUGGACACAAAAUAGGUGAUGGAACGUCGACUAGUAGUGAUCCAGUGACAACUAGUAAACCAUCAACUAUAAAAACAACCAUAAAUAAAGUGGGUCUUAAAAGUGAUAGUAAAAUAAGUAACAUUAGUGUAAAUCAUGCCGAUAGUAAUAGUAAAAAAGUUCUGAACUCAAAGAGUAAUAAUGUGAAUAUCAGUUUAUCAAAUUCUGUAUCACCAACUGUAACCAAUUGUAAAGAUAAUGGUCAAACAAACACAACAACUGGAACGAACGAAGUGCAAAUUGGUAAUAAUAUUCAUGGAAGUCCUUCAGUAUCUGUCAGUAAUACCGUAACAACAGUUAAUUCAUUUACACAACGAAUAACAACCGGACUGGGAUUUGGCGAUAAAAAAUCAGAUAGUUCACAUAAACGUAAUUUUAGUUUAGGUUCAAAAGGUGCCAGUAAUUCCAGUGAUUUAAAAACCAAUACAGUGACAUUAAGGACUAAAAAUUUAACGGAUGUAAAUAAGCGCGAUAAUGACAAAGUGAAUACGUCAAAUAGUAUGGAUAAGUCAUCAAUAUGUGAUCCACUUAGGUUAAUUGGUACGCCGGCAUGUCCCCGUUUUGAUGAAUGUCCCGUCCUAGAACCAUUAAUUUGUAAGAAAAUCGCUCAAGAGCGUCUUACAACAUUAGUAUUUCGUGAAGACUGUUUUGUCACAGCUUGCCAAGAAGGAAUUGUUUAUACAUGGGCACGACCUGGUAGUGCGGGAAUGCCUGGUGGUGGUGGAUUGAAUAAUACAUCCACAACAAUAACAGCUGCAAUUGGAACAAGUGCGGGAGGGAGUGGUGGAGCAGGCGGCGUAAGUGGUGGUAAUAAUAGUGGCACUGUCGUAUAGCAGGCAUCAUCUCAAUUAAAAACGAAUUAUGUAUUGUUAUUGUAACGUUAAACGUUCCUCUCGUACCAUAUGUACCUAUUAUAUUAAUUAUUAUUAUUAUAAAUAAUAUGAUAAUUGAGACGCUAGAUAAAGUAAUGCCUUUGCGAACACACACACAAACAUAAACAGCAUAAGUACAUAAAUCAUUCACA